CUCCACAGCCAAUAUAGCAGGUAUGAUAUUCAGCUAAUUGGAAGAGUCAUUUGCUCCACAGCCAAUACAGCGGCGGUGGGUUUUAGUAGGGGUUUGAGCCUUUUUGGGGGACAGCGAGCAAAUCAUCUCUGUAUCUCUCUGGAAAUAGAGCAGAGAAAGCUACAUUACUACAACAUUGCUCAUGGGACAUAUACUCAGGCAUCUCUUACGUUCCAAUCGGAACUCUGUCCUUCGGAUAUUGACCUUGGCUGCUACAGGAACUGGUAUUCUAUGUUCAAGCAACCGCGACUCGGAUACUGAAACAGCGAUAUCAGUGUCAGUCACCCCGCAAUUGCGGGAAUUGUUGCCACCGGCUUGGCGGAUUCCACAGGAAAUUCAUUCUCCGUCUAUACCGCCAUCAGACACUUCCAGAUCAGGGCUUCUUCCGUUGAUUUUUUCUAGAAUUGGUUCACUACCAUCUGCAAAUUUCAGUAAUGAAGCUCCUGUAGAAGAUGGAAAUGGCUCCAAAUGCUGUCCUGGAUGCUUGGGUAGAGACUCCAUUGCAACAGCGGCUGCUAAGGUCGGUCCUGCUGUUGUCAACUUAUCUGUUACCCAAGGUUUUCAUGGGAUGACUUUAGGGAAGAGUAUUGGUUCAGGAACUAUUAUAGACCCUGAUGGCACAAUUUUGACCUGUGCUCAUGUUGUUGUAGACUUCCAAAGCAUGAGAACUGUAUCUAAGGGAAAGGUGGAUGUGACCUUACAAGAUGGCCGAACUUUUGAGGGUACUGUGGUAAAUGCUGAUUUUCAUUCUGAUAUUGCUGUUGUAAAGAUCAAAUCUAGAACUCCACUGCCAACAGCAAAACUUGGAUCAUCAUGCAAGCUUCGUCCAGGGGACUGGGUCAUAGCCAUGGGAUGUCCACUAUCCCUUCAAAAUACAAUAACAGCUGGUAUUGUUAGUUGCGUUGAUCGUAAAAGCAGCGAUUUAGGUCUUGGUGGAAUGCGGAGAGAGUACCUACAGACAGAUUGUGCAAUCAAUGAGGGAAACUCUGGGGGGCCUCUUGUCAAUCUUGAUGGAGAAGUUGUUGGAGUUAAUACUAUGAAGAUAUUGGCUGCUGAUGGUUUGAGUUUUGCUGUACCAAUUGACUCUGUAUCCAAAAUUGUAGAGCAUUUCAAGAAAAAUGGGAGAGUUGUUCGGCCUUGGCUAGGCCUUAAAAUGCUCGAUCUUAAUGAGAUGAUAAUAGCACAGUUGAAAGAAAGAGAUGUCACAUUCCCAGAUGUCAGCAAAGGUGUGCUUGUACCUAUGGUAACUCCAGGAUCCCCUGCUGAUCGUGCUGGAUUCCACCCAGGUGAUGUUGUCAUUGAAUUUGAUGGCAAACCUGUUGGAAGCAUCAAGGAGAUCAUAGAAGUAUUGGGAGACAAGGUUGGGAAGCCCUUGAAGGUGGUUGUGAAAAGAGCAAACAAUAAAUUUGUGACUCUAACUGUAGUGCCAGAGGAAGCGAACCCAGAUAUGUAACAAAAUUUUCUCUUAUCAUACUGCUGUUACAUAUCAAACAUUUUUUUGGGUAAGUAUAUUAAACAUUAAUCAAAAGGAUCUCUCCCUUAUCCACUGAAUUGAAAUAUGGGAAAGAAAUUGAAGUUGGUUUUUUUGAGAUUUUUCCUUAAAACAAAUAAAUAAUUAACGAGUGAGCAAGGCUCAUCGAUGUGUAUACAUGUACCAUUUUGACCUUAUGUAUCUCAAGUAUUGAGUUUGGAAUGACAUUGUAGACUUGAUGCUGA